GCAACACACGACCGAUUCUUCUCACCGCGGGAACGAGCACAGGAACUCAUUCACAAUGUGUGACGACGAGGAGACCACCGCUCUGGUAUGCGACAACGGUUCCGGCCUGGUGAAGGCUGGCUUCGCCGGUGAUGACGCGCCCAGGGCCGUCUUCCCAUCCAUCGUCGGUCGCCCUCGUCACCAGGGUGUGAUGGUCGGCAUGGGUCAGAAGGACUCCUACGUCGGAGACGAGGCCCAGAGCAAGAGGGGCAUCCUGACCCUGAAGUACCCCAUCGAGCACGGCAUCAUCACCAACUGGGACGACAUGGAGAAGAUCUGGCACCACACCUUCUACAACGAGCUCCGCGUGGCCCCCGAGGAGCACCCCACCCUGCUCACCGAGGCUCCCCUGAACCCCAAGGCUAACCGCGAGAAGAUGACCCAGAUCAUGUUUGAGACCUUCAACGUGCCCGCCAUGUACGUGGCCAUCCAGGCCGUGCUGUCCCUGUACGCCUCUGGACGUACCACCGGUAUCGUGCUGGACUCCGGUGAUGGUGUGACCCACAACGUGCCCAUCUAUGAGGGUUACGCUCUGCCCCACGCCAUCAUGCGUCUGGAUCUGGCCGGUCGCGAUCUGACCGACUACCUGAUGAAGAUCCUGACCGAGCGCGGCUACUCCUUCGUCACCACCGCCGAGCGUGAGAUCGUGCGCGACAUCAAGGAGAAGCUUUGCUACGUGGCCCUGGACUUCGAGAACGAGAUGGCCACCGCCGCUUCCUCCUCCUCCCUCGAGAAGAGCUACGAGCUCCCCGACGGUCAGGUCAUCACCAUCGGCAACGAGCGUUUCCGCUGCCCGGAGACCCUGUUCCAGCCCUCCUUCAUCGGCAUGGAGUCCGCCGGCAUCCACGAGACCGCCUACAACAGCAUCAUGAAGUGCGACAUCGAUAUCAGGAAGGACCUGUACGCCAACAACGUCCUGUCCGGCGGUACCACCAUGUACCCUGGUAUCGCUGACCGCAUGCAGAAGGAGAUCACCGCCCUCGCCCCCAGCACCAUGAAGAUCAAGAUCAUCGCUCCCCCCGAGCGUAAGUACUCCGUCUGGAUCGGCGGCUCCAUCCUGGCUUCCCUCUCCACCUUCCAGCAGAUGUGGAUCACCAAGCAGGAGUACGACGAGGCCGGCCCCAGCAUCGUCCACCGCAAGUGCUUCUAAGCGUCCGGCCGCCUUCUGUCUCCCGUCGCCCGGUCAGGAACGCGUGGCUGGAUUCUUUCUGCUCCUGCAGGAACAUCAUGCAGCCACGUGUGGACGUUCCUGGAUACAGAUGAUUAAUUUAAAGACUGUGAUGAGUCCUGAGAAGGAACCAACGCUGAACGUCACCCACAUACGGACUCUGGAACCAACAGACCUCGAUUAUGAGCCGGCGAACGGCUCCGUGAUCGAAACCAGCAAUUCAAGUCUUAUAACAGUUCAGUAAACAUGACGAGUCCUGUUCUAUGUUUGUCUUUUUCAGUCCAGUGAUCAAAAUAAAAAAUAAUAAAAAUAAUAAAGCAAGAAUUUUUAUAAA